ACAUGAUUAAAGAUUAAAUGUGACAAUUAAGAUAUGGUAUAUAAGAAACAACAAGAACAACGGUUCGUCUAUAAGGAUCUAUACGACCAUGUCCUCAGCAACUCUUCGUUAUUAUAAGCGAUAAUGAAUAAAGGUUUGAUGACGCAAACUAAAUGUGACGUAAAUCGGUUCAUGAACAAAGUAUUUAACCCAUUAAAUGCAUCAUCAACGGAAACGAGCAGCUUCGUUCUACUUUUAUCAACAAAUGACGCAUUCUUUCGGACAUAUGUCGUUUCACAAUCGCCUUCUUACAUUCCGAUUAAUCGCUAGUGUUUCUACAACGAGAGCGUUGUUGCUAUGUAAGAAGCUGUUUUUCUUUGGUUAUCAAUGGAUUCAUGUAAGUCGUGUUUGCCCGGGACUAUCAGAUUGAUUGCUGGUGACGGAAUUGAUGUUCCUUCUGACGAAAAAGAUCCGCGCCGAGGUUGGAGGACAUCCGGACGAAUUGGUUUAAAAGGAAAGGAUUCGAUCACCACAGGCAUAAUCUGUUGGACCACAGUCACAAACGUUAAGGAAUAUAUUUCAAUACCCGACCUAAACUGCAUCAAGAUGAACUCUUGGAAAAACAUCUGCCAUCGCUUACUUUUCUUAGCGUUUGUUGUUAUUGGAACGAAUGAAGCGCUGUCGAUUGCACCACACAGGAUUGCGCGAUCGAAUACAAAAUCUGGAUUACCAUCAAGUGAAUACUCGAAUUUAAAUCUAGUUUCGCCGCAGGUGCUGAAAAGUUUGACUCAAUCCAGUUUACCCGAUGUAACUGCAGAAGAUUACAAUGAGUUUGACAAUGAAAAGUUGUUUUCUGAACUCAUAAGCUUGAUGUUUCUUCUUACGGAAGAUUCUGAGCCAUCUUCGCAGAACAUCAAUUCAUCAGCAUCUCCACCUUCACCUCAAAUAAAUCAUCAUCCGGAUUUUAACAGCUUAUCCCACCUCCCACAAGAAGCAACAGAGGAGCAAACAUCUGUUGAAAAACGGAAUCCAGAGGCCGAAUUACUAAAAGAAAUCUUGAGGGGAAGACGGCUCUCUCGCCAGAGAAAAGUGUACAGCCAGGUUUUAAAAAGCUUGCACCUAUACCGUCUUUAAAAAACAUUAUUAAGCCAAACACAGAAGUUGAACGCCUCAUUCUCGAAAUGAGUAAAAAUGCUAUAUUUACAUUUAAUCCACAUUUUCCGCAAUUUAUAAUAUUUAUUUAAUUUAUCAAUGUAUCUUUGCUGAUAACGGACGUGAUGCUUUGUGCUAAUUUCAACAAUUAAACGCUGCAACUUAUGUC